CUUUCUCAGCCAGAAUAGGAUAGAAUGUCAUUUUUCAGGAGGAUGCUUGUGUUACAAGAUUUUUGGUUUUGUUUUGGAGACCAGGUCUCAAAUCUGUAGCCCACUGUGGCCUCAGACUUAUGGCAAUCCUUCUGCCUCAGCCUCCUAAAUAAUAGGGUUACAGGUAUGAGCCACUGAAUUGCUGGAAGCUCAUUAGUAGAAACUGAGCAACUGAUUUGCCUUCAACCUUGGAGCAUUACCAUUGUGGCCGGCACCACAGUGUGGGUUUAUGUCUACAAUACCAAACCAGUGUUGGCCUUUACAAGCUUAAUGUAGUACCAUUUGGUGGGUUUGUUGCUUUUGGUUUUUGGAGACAGGGUUUCUCUGUGUAGCCCUGGCUGUUCUGGAACUUACUCGGUAGACCAGGCUGACCUUGAACUCACAGAGCUCCGCCUGCCUCUGCUUCUUCUGGGAUCAAAGAAGUGCACCACCACCAUCCCCUGGCUGUUAGAUGUCUUAAAGGUGGAGCUAAGUAGAGAGGAAGUAAAGCGUCUCAUUGCUGAAGCGAAAGGGAGAUUACAAGAAGAAGGUGACAGUGAGGAAGAGGAGGCAGGCAGUCCUUCAGAAGAUGGCAUGCGGCAUGACCGUACCCAGGCACAGCCUAGGGAGCCCCUGGAUGAUGGUGACCCACAGGAUGACCGUAUACUAGAUGAUGAUGAGCUGGCUGAGUAUGACUUGGACAAUUAUGACGAAGAGGACAACCCAGAUGCUGAGACUAUUGGUGAAUCUCUGUUGGGUCUUACAGUCUAUGGCAGUAAUGAUCAAGAUCCAUAUGUUACCCUGAAAGAUACUGAACAAUAUGAGCAUGAAGAUUUCUUGAUUAAGCCCACUGACAACCUCAUCGUUUGUGGCCGUGCUGAACAAGAACAAUGCAAUUUAGAGGUACAUGUUUACAAUCAAGAAGAGGAGUCUUUCUAUGUACACCAUGACAUACUCCUGUCUGCAUAUCCUCUGAGUGUGGAAUGGCUGAGUUUUGAUCCAAGUCCAGAUGCAUCUUCUGGAAAUUAUAUUGCUGUGGGAAACAUGAGCCCUGUCAUUGAGGUAUGGGACCUGGAUAUAGUGGACUCUCUAGAGCCAGUCUUCACACUGGGAAGUAAACUUUCAAAAAAGAAGAAGAAGAAAUCAAAGAAGAGUUCCUCAACAGAAGGGCAUACUGAUGCUGUCCUUGACCUUUCCUGGAAUAAGACAAUCAGAAAUGUGCUGGCAAGUGCAUCCGCAGAUAGCACUGUGAUUCUCUGGGAUAUGUCUGUAGGGAAGCAAGCAGCCAGGCUUACUGCACACACAGACAAGGUCCAGACACUGCAGUUUCAUCCAUUUGAAGCACAAACUCUGAUUUCUGGGUCAUAUGAUAAGUCAGUGGCUCUGUAUGACUGCCGAAAUCCAAACCAGAACCAACGCCUGUGGCGAUUCAGUGGGCAGAUUGAGAGAGUGACGUGGAACCACUUUUCACCUUGUCAUUUUUUGGCCAGUACAGAUGAUGGCUUUGUAUAUAAUCUGGAUGCACGUUCAGAUAAGCCAGUAUUUACACUUAAUGCACACAAUGAUGAAAUCUCUGGUCUUGAUCUGAGCAGUCAGAUCAAAGGCUGCCUCGUGACCGCUUCAGCAGACAAAUAUGUGAAGAUCUGGGACAUCUUAGGAGACAGGCCAAGUCUCAUUCAUUCGAGAGACAUGAAAAUGGGAGUUCUUUUUUGUUCUUCAUGUUGUCCUGAUUUGCCAUUUGUAUAUGCCUUUGGAGGACAGAGAGAAGGACUCCGAGUUUGGGACAUAAGCACUGUCUCUUCAGUAAACGAAGCAUUUGGAAGACGGGAGAGACUGAUUAUUGGAAGCGCAAAAGGCUUGUCUGUUAGUGGCCCUUGUGGGAGCAAGAGCCCACAGACACCAAUGGAGACCUGACAACGAUCAGUUUCCUGAUUUGCUUACCUUAACUUGGGAUUUCAAAAAGCUGGCCUAGAAAUGUUCAAGUGUACCUAUAGCCAUAAUGGUGGAAACAAAACUGAGUUCAGUUCCUGUUGUCAUUCCCCUCUGCAGCUUUGGUGGCAGUCCACAGCCUUUGUAUCUGCCUUCAACUGGGUAUUGUACAGAGUUCUUGCAUUUCUUGAAAAUAAAAGAUUUUCAAAAAAUUAUUUCUUAAACAUGCUGUCUGACAUAGGAACUGUAGGCUUAUAAAAUAAAUAGUAACAGUUUUUGAGACGGGUCUUGCUGUGUUAGGCUGUUGUGGUAGUUCAUGCUUGUCCUCCCAAUACUGAGGAGAAGAGAGACAGGACUAAAUGGCCACCCAGCCUGGCCUGCUCCAGGAUCCACUUGGCUCCAUCUUCCCAGGCUAGGAUUACCAAUAUGCAUGAUAGAUUCCAGAAUUGAAUUGAAUUGAAUUGAUCGGGUCUUUUAUGCUUGCAAAAUGAGCAUUUUUGCUGACUAAGCAGUCUCUCUGGCCCACUGAUUUAAAAAUGUGAUUCCUAAAGGCAUUUUCACCUUUUGCAUAUUAAUCAUAUUUUUGACAAAGCCAUUAUGAACUUCAUGGUUUUCAGGAAUGUUUUGUCUCAAUUGAAAAAAAAAAAUAACGGGGGGGGGGCAUUUAGUUCAUACAAAUUUUCUAUGAUCAAAACAUAUUGCUAAAUGGACAACAAACUAAAAGCUGUCAUAGUAAUACAACCUUUUAAGUUCUGGCUCCAGAAGGUACCAGUAAAUUCUCCCUCUAGUUACUUCAUAAUCUCUGUGCUUAUCUUUUAAAAUGAACUUGACCUUGUCAAGCUCAUAAAACACUGGACUCAGAAGUAUAAAUUAAAGAAUCUUACACUACUCCGUUUUUCA